AUGGAAGAUCCCAAUGAAGCCUAUAAUGAUUUUAUUGAAGGAUACUCCAGAAUCUAUAACACUUGUUUCCCUUUAAAGGUUCUUAAAGGUAAGCAGGUAAACAAGUUCUUUUCUCCAUGGCUUAGCCGUGGACUUCUGAAAUCCGUUAACAAGAAGAACAGACUCUACAAAAAGUUCGUCACAUCAUCUUCCACAUCUUCUGAGACGAAGUAUAAAGCCUAAAAAAACAAACUCACCCAUCUUAUUCGCAUUGCCAAACGUAAAUACUACGACUCCAAAUCUGAGAAUGCCCGAAAUGACCUCAAAACAACUUGGAAAUUGUUAA